GUCGGCACCGCCGCCGAAAUCGGUUUCGUUUUAUUUUAGCUUAGCUGUCGAAGGCAUCCGGUUGUGCAUUCUCCCCGCGGAUCAUCGUCACGAUCACAGGUGGUAUAUGUCGAUACAUUGAGCGUUGAAUGACGGGGUGAAAUCUCACGGCGAGAAACACAGAAGUUUUUGUGAUUGCACCAUUCUCGUCGUCCUUCUUUUAAUCGCUAUAUUUAAGCUUUACGAGAUAAAUAUGAUAUCCAGAAUAACUGAUAAGGGGAAAGCCCAAAAUCGCGCAUUACGAUGGAGGCGAUCAAGAAGAAAAUUGCGGCGCUGAAGCUUGAGAUGGAUGCCGCAAACGAAAAGGUCGAAGUCAACGAGACGAAAGCGAAACAGGAGAAUAUAAGAGCAGACAGGCUGAACGAUGACCUCGGUGAUCUACAGAAGCGAUUGUCGCAAUUGGAACGAGAUUAUACUGUCACUAAAGCUAACUUGGAGCAAUCUACUGCCGAUCUAGAACAGUGCGAGAAAUCUUGGUCUAAAGCUGAACAAGAUCGUACCGUUUUAACGAAGAAGGUGCAAGAGAUCGAAGCGAGUCUGACUAAAAAGGAGGAACUACGUCUUUCCGCUACAAUAAAACUGGCACGUGCGACCGAACUUGCGGAUGACGCACAGAGAAUGUGUAACGUUUUGGCAGACAGGAGUCGUUUGGACGAGGAACGUAUGGAAAAGUUGAUGUCGGAAUUAAAGGAUGCUAGAUUAAUCGCCGAAGACGCCGAUUCGAAAUCUGACGAAAUAGCCAGGAAAUUGCAAUUCGUGGAGGAAGAAUUGGAAGCUGCUGAAGAAAGAGUGAAGACUAGCGAGGCAAAAAUCGUGGAACGUGAGGAUGAACUCUUCAUCGUACAGAAUAUCGUGAAGUCCCUCGAAGUGUCUGAAGAGAAGGCGAACCAACGGGUAGAAGACUUUAAGGUACAGCUGAAAUCCUUGAAAAAGAAAUUGAAGGAAGCGGAAAAACGCGCAAUCACUGCUGAAAGGACGGUGAAGACUUUACUAAAGGAAGUGGACAUGAAGGAAGACGAACUCAGGGAAGAGAAGGAAAAGUACAAGGCGGUCUGCGACGACAUGGACCUGACGUUCGCCGAGAUGACAGGAUACUAAAGUCCUGCGGACGAAUUUGAUUUGACUCUCGUUGCUACUUCUAACUGCUGCUGCUUUCCUCCGCUUAUUUUUUGUUAUUCAUUGGUUCAGCUCGCUAUGUUAAAUGCCGCUUAUAUCGUAAUGUCGAUUUGUUUUGUCUUCUGAAGUGCCGUGAACGAUAUUAGAAAUAACCCGCUUCGCGCAAUAAUCUACUGAUGGACAAGGCAAUGCAAUGCGGCUUGUUACUAUAAUUGCUUCGCUUUGUGCAAUACCUUGCCAAGUUCGGCAACUGGUUCACGGUCGCUCGUUGUUCGCUGUGUUGAUCGAACAUUCAAGAUUUCGUCUAUUUCUUUUUCUUUCAGAGAUGUUGGAGGGAUUUAGUAUCGUACGCGCGAGCGAGACCACGAUGUCAUGCAUCCUUCGUACCAUUCAAUGUAAAAUCUGUAUUUUCAAUAAACAAUAUCACAUAUUCUCUAA